AUGAGAACCACAGAAAAGAGGGCCACUCUAGGUUGGGGCGUGAGUGACAUCACAUCCUCUGCGAGCGCAUUUGGGCGUCUGGCCCAAGGGCGUGCCCCGCCCCACCCGGGCAUGCUCCUCCUGGACUCAGAGCUCCGCGCUAGGCGCACCAUGGCCCGGCCAGUGACCGCCCUGUUCCCAGUAACCGCCCUGCUCCUGCCGCUGGCCAUUCUGCCUAAUGCCACCACGUCCCAGGGGUCUAAGGCCUUCCGGAUGUCCCCGACGAAGGUGGAGGGGGCCCUGGACCAGACCGUGGAGCUGCAGUGCGAGGUGCUGCUGACCAAUCCGAGCUCGGGGUGCUCGUGGCUGAUGCAACGGCAUGGUGGACCCCCCACCUUCCUCGCAUACACCUCGAACUACCGCAAGCAUCAGGAGGGCGAGCACUUCUCGGCCAACACGUUGGGCUCGAAUACCUACAAGCUCACGGUGCGGAAAUUCCGCGACGAGGACCAGGGCCACUACUUCUGCUCGGUCACCAGCAACUCCGUGAUGCACUUCAGCCCCUUCGUGCCGGUGUUCCUCCCAGAGAAGCCUACCACGAGACCACCGCGCUCACCGACACCAGCGCCCACUAAUGGGUCGAAGUCACAGUCUCCGCACCCCAAAGAUUGCUGGCCCCCCUCGGGAGGCGCAGUGGAAGCAAUAGGACUUGAUUUCACCUGUGACCUCUACAUCUGGGCUCCCCUGGCCGGCACGUGUGCGGUCCUUCUCCUGUCCCUGGUCAUUAUUGUCGUCUACAACCACAGAAACCGAAGACGUGUUUGCAAAUGUCCGAGGCCCCAGGUCAGACAGGGAGGCAAGCCCAACACUUCUGAGAGGUAUGUCUAG